AUGAAUCAUGCUGUUCAAGAAAUCAAAGCACUAAAGAAAAAGAAAAACUCAAACGAAGCAUUGCAGCUUCUCAAACGAAUCGCUUCACAGGUCCUCCCUAUUAUGCGCAAGCGAGGAUGGAAAGUGCAACACUUGUGUGAGUUUUAUCCUACCAACCCCAACCUUCUUGGUUUGAACGUCAAUCAUGGAUACAAGAUCAAUAUCCGUUUACGACCGCAUUACGACGACACUGUAUUCCUUGACUACAAUGACCUUCUUGGAACGAUGCUACAUGAACUUGUGCAUAUAGUGCGAGGACCCCAUGAUGCAACAUUUUACAAGAUCCUGGAUGAAUUGAAUGAUGAGCUCGAUCAGUUGCUGUUGACAGGCCAAAAGGGAUACUCGGCAUUUGAUGGCGUUGGUCAUAAAUUGGGUGGCCAUACCGGAUUCCCAUUAUCAACCUUGGAUAUCAAGAAUCGUACUCUUGUAGCUGCCGAACAACGUCGACAAGUACAACGGGUCAUGCUUCCUACUGGUGGUAUAAGACUUGGAGGAUCGACACCCAACCAAUUGGAGAAGAGCUUAACACCAAAACAAAUGGCAGCACGAGCAGCUGAAAGACGUCUUCGAGAUCAGAAAUGGUGCGGUGGAUUGCAAGAAGAAUCAGCUGAAGACACUACUCCCAAUGAUCCUUCAACAUCCACGGUCAUUAUAUUGGAUGAUGAUGAUGAUGAUACGAGCCAUACCAACCCUUCUGGAAGAAAGCGAGGACGUGAUGAUGAUAACCAAGGCGCAUUGACAACAACAAAACGGCAUCAUUCGACAUGGAUAUGUGCUAUAUGCACCUUUGAGAACCAAGAAUUGGUGCUAGCGUGUGCAAUGUGUCUAUCAGAGCGAACCAAUGCCGUCGAUACCUCUAGCAGCAAACACACCUCAUGGACUUGCCCUCAAUGUACUCUUUUAAACAACAUAGCUACCACUACAUGCGAUGCUUGUGCUUUCAAUAAAGCUUAA